UAGAUCUUCUCAGGUUCUCUUAUAGCCCAUUCUUCGUCUUUUAAUCUGUCUGUUGUUGUUAAAACUAUUUUGCUUUGUUUUUAAAACUGUUAUUUGUGUGGUUUGUUGUAUUUAUUGAGUGUUGAAAAAAUGGUUGAUGACAUUUACUGUAGGCUCUGUGCCAUGAAAAUAGAACAUUGCAUUAAGAUUUAUGAUGAAGAGGGAGAAAAAUUAAGUCUUGCAACAAAGAUUGUUCAGUGUUUACAGAUUUGGCUUUAUCCAGAAGAUGUUCUGCCCAAAACAGUUUGCACAGACUGUUGCUCUAAAGUCAACAUUUUCUUCGAAUUUUUCCAGAUUUGUUCCCAAUCCCAAAUAUCACUUAUGUCAAUGUUCAAGGAUAAACAGGAAGAAGAGAAAAUGGUUAUAACUAACAUUGCAGAGAUAAGUAGUCAACAUACUUUGGAUCAUGAGUAUGAGGAUGACUGUAAUAGUGAGACAAGAGAUGGAAGUGUUGAAUAUACUGAUCUUGCAGAACCUGACAAACCCUCAUCCAAACGUAAACUGAGAACUCCUAUUAAAUGUUCAUUAUCUGAUGGAACUAUUGAAGCUCAGAUUAAUUCUACAGAUAACAUUGAUGAAUCCCCACAAUUAAUUGAAAAAAGAAGUCGAAAAUGUAAAAAUCAGCCAAAAGCAGAAAUUACUGGAGGUGAAGAGGAGGAAGAGACAGAAAGUGAAGAUGAACCAAAACUCUCUGGAAGAGUUUCAUUUGUAGGACUGGAAGGCUAUGUGUGGAAGUGUACAGACUGUGCCUCAGAGUUCAAGACUGUUGGUGAGCUGCGUACACACCACUCUGAGAUACACAACCAAGCUCCUGUGUUUGCUUGUGUACAUUGCUCUAAGAGCUAUUCGCACUAUCGCAGCUUUGCUAGGCACGUGAAGAUGCAUAGUGAUCCCAAGAAGUUCAGUUGUGAGAUCUGUGGCAAGUCUUUCUCCCAGAAGACUGUGCUUCAGUCCCACGCGACAGUGCACAGUGAAGAGAGACCUCACUCGUGUGCACAUUGCGGCAAGAGUUUCAAGCAGUUUAGCUCCUUGUACCUGCACAGCAAGUGUCACCUGCCCGACCAGGUCAAACCCAAGUUCUCCUGCUCUCACUGUCCCAAACAGUUUUCAACAAAACACACUUUGGAGACUCACCUGAAGAUCCAUACUGGAGAGCGCAACUUUGUGUGUGACAUUUGUGGGAAACGGUUCAUAGCCAAGGGCAGUCUGGACUACCACAUCCUGACUCACAAUGACACCAAGCCUCACUCUUGCACAGUCUGUGGCAAGGGGUUCAAGACAGCACGGCUGUUGGCGAAACACUCAACAUUACACACCGGUGUAAAGCCUCAUCAGUGUGAUGUUUGUGGUAAACAGUUCAGGGAGCGGGGAGCUCUUAAAGAACACAAUCGUAUCCAUACAGGUGCCAUGCCUUACUCUUGUGAGUUCUGUGGCAAGCUGUUCCGCUUCAAGGGCAUCCUCACAGUACACAGACGGCAACACACAGGAGAGCGACCCUAUAGUUGUGUGGAGUGCCGUAGAGAUUUUACUAACUGGGCGAACUACAACAAACACAUGAAGCGGAGACAUCGUAGCUCCGAGCAUAACAGUCUUUUGGCUAACAGGCUGUUGCAGCGUCAAGCCGAGCAGGUUGUGGUUCAGCCACAGCCUCCUCAACCUCUCAUCAUGCAUCCAGCACCGCCUCCACCACCUCCACCGUCACAUUACACUGAGGAAUCCACGUACAAGGUGGUAGACGACGAUAUGUACCGUGUGCCUAGUUACAUGAGUUACUAUAUCCCACCUCUUCAGCAUACAAUCCUGCAGACUAGAGACCAAUAGCGUAUUUUGUCUUACUGAACGAGUCUGUUAAGUUAUGUCUUUCUGAAUCUGUAAAAUAAUAUAGAGAUGUGUGAUCAUACAAAUCUUUGAGAUCAUUCAAGUUUAUCAUACUUGCUAGUCUAACAAUUUGAUAAUUUAAUUAAGUCACAAUCAUGUCAUAUAGCAAAAAUGGACUUUUGUAAGUGUGUGUGACACAAAAAAUGCAAUUCUAUGUAGGAGUAAGAAGAAAGAAAAAUUUGCUGUAUUUAUGACAUAAAAAUUAUAUAUUUUUACAUUGACACAUGUGACCCGAUCGCAACAUUUUGAUAUUUCAAAAGUUAUUAUAAUAAACACAAAAAGACAAUGGUCAAAAAAUUUACUAUCUGUCUGGAAAACUCCUUGAUAUUAUGCAUUUAAAUUUAACAAACUUCAAUAAUCUGGCACAUAAUAUAAUAUUUUGAAACCGGAAUUUGAAUGAAAAUUAGUAAACUGGAUACUUUUGGAUUAAUGUGUAUUGCAGUAUAAAAUAUGUUUUAUUUAUUUUCCUAGAUAAACUCUAUCUAUUUUUUUGAGCUAGUAAGACAAUGUAUUCAUUAAAAAAGUGCAUUAUAUAGGUCUAUUAUGUUAAUGGAUCAAUUUGAUUAUGAGUAUUAUAAGCCGUAUUAUCAAAGACUGAUAGGACAACUACUGCAUACAUUGUAAAAAAUUUUUUGUUAUAUAUUUGUAAAUAUGAGAUUUUAUUAUUUCAAGAUAUAGUUUUAUAUAAUUUAUCACUAAGGUAACGAUGUAGCAAUGUAAGUAAUACAAAAUACAUCACUCUCAAGCCAUCACAAGCCAAUGAAGCUUUAUAGCUGAAUCCAAUUUUUGUGACAUGAUUGUUGCAGUGUUUUGUAUUUGUGCCAGAGGAGUGCACUGGCAUGAUUAAUGUUAUAAUUUAUUCAGCAAUAACUCAGGAAUAAUUUUAUGUAAAUCAAAAUAUAUUUCAUAAGUUAUUAAAUAAUAUAAUUAUUUGUUGUUCAUUUUUUUAGUUGAGUUUUUUUGUGUCUUUUAAUAUAUUUAUACAAAAUCAAAUGGUUACUUUGUUGCCACCAUCAACAUAACAUCGUGUUGUUUAUUGUGGAUGAGCUCAGGCUGAAAUUCUUAGGUGGUUGGUUUGCACACGUAAUUAAUUCAUUUUUAAGUCAUUAUAUUUUAAAUUUUGCCAAUGUUGAGAUGAACUAUUCCACAUAUUGGUUUUGUGAGCUUCCUGCAUUUCAUAGUAUAUUUUUAUAGCAAGUAAUCAAAAAUAAAUAAAUAUAAAACUACUGUAUAGGCAGGUACAACACAGGAAUUGAAAAUUGAUGGAGCAUAUAGGCAUCCAUGUACAGAAACACAUGUACAAAUGUCAGCAUAAUCAAACAAGCUAUGCCCUAUGUGUAAACGUUUCUUAGCAAAAUGUGUGCCAAGACAGUUUUUGAUAAUUUUUGUACUAUCCUUUCAAGAAAACAGAUAAUAUUUUGAUUGUGAUGGCAGCCUGUUCUUCUAAGUAACAUGUUUUUUUUUUUCUAAUAAACUUGAAAAUGUUAGCUAAUGUGACAUACCAAUAGACAUCAAAGAUGCACCUGAUUAUUGAGAUUAAAGUUGUAUAAAUUUGGUUUUGCUUUUCUUAACCAUAUUAAAUACGGGUUUUUUUUUCUUUUUAAAUUCAUUAUCCAGUAAACUGUCCAAGGUGAUUACAGACAUGUCUUAUUGAUUAUGAUUAUUUUAAUUCUUUACGGCUCUCUGAUAGAUACAAGUCAAAUAUAUUUCAAAAUAUGUUUUCUUAUAAAUAAACCCUUAUUAUUUCUGAUCUAUCAUUAUAGACAUUAUAAAACAAACAAGAUUGUUGAUUUAAUAUUUCUACACAUUUUGUUUAUUGAUUCGAGUGAAAUGUAAUAAAAUGAAACAGUGAAAUAAAUCUUUCAAGGAAUACAACAUUAUUUUUAUUUUUAGUUGUGUAGUUGUUAAAUCUGAUUAUUGGAAUGUUAUUAAUAACUUUUUUAUCCCAGUCCUUUAACAUUUCUAUCGUGUGUUAUCUUAAAAUGUGUGGUUAUUUCAAAUUUAGUUUUAUUUCAUUUGAAAUUUAUAUGUCCAUUGGCUCUUAUUUCUGAGCUAGUAUGAUUACAGGAGAGAGUUCCACAUUCCUGCAACACGUGUUUUCAUGCCUGUUGAAAGUUCCAUGAUUUAAAAAUCUAACUUAAAACGUAUUACUAUUCGGCACAAACCAAUUAUUAAAGGAACUUAAUUUAUGUUGUAAAACUGCCUUAAGAAUAAAAGUGCUGUACCGACAUUGUGCAACAUUUUAUUUCAGUGAGUAUAAUUAUUUAUUGUUGUUCUGUCAAAGAAUCUGUUUUUGUUUUGUUUAUUAUAUGAAUGCAGCUGUUAGUUUAGAAUCACUGUUGAAAUGGCAAAAUCUGGUGUAGUUAUUACUGUGUUACUUGUAUUUUAAAAAUGUUCUAAGUAAUCAAAAGGUUACUGAGUAGUUGUGGAAUUUCCUCAUCCCUUCAUGCCUCUCUGUACCAGGACAGAAAUUUCAUUAACUGUGAGAGUUAUCAUUGUAGACCUUCUCCCAAAGUGAAAGACUGGAGCAGCCUAUUUGGAGAAACCCAUCUUAAUCUAAUGUCACCUCUCCUUACUACACCUUGUCUGGAACAUCAGGUACCUUCAGUAGUCUGCUAAGUGGUCAGACAAACAUAUUUCAGGGUGGCUGUACGAACCUGUCCAUUAAGAAGGGAGGACUAUCAUAUUUGCGGCUGGGUGUCAUAACAAAUAGUAAUUUUUGUGUUCACUUCAUAUCAUAAUUUUUCAGUUUAGCGUCUGCUGAGUAAAGAUGACUCUCCACAAGGAGACAGCAAUAUUUUAAGAAUGUAAUAUUGCUAGCAAAGUUUUGAUGUGAUGUAAAUAGGGAAACUUGGGUGUUAGUUAUGACACCAGCUGCAUUAGCCUAAGAACUAACAUUUGCAAAGUUUUUUGUCCUCUAUUUCACUACUGAUAAAAGAUUGAAAAUAGUGUACAAUUAUUGAUUAUAUGCGACCAGCAUUUAUCAUAGUAAAUUUAAAUAUUUAAUUGAAGUAAAGAAGUUAGUUAAUUUUAAUUCAAAUUGAAUAUCAGGUAUCGAAAUCAUAAGAAUUGUCAGUGAAUAAAACUUAAUGUAUUAAAAUAGCUGUUUUUGUUAUAAGGUGUUAAUUUUUUAAUAUAAUAAAUUAGAAAAUUUAAUGUACUUAAAGUUAUAUUCAGUUUAAUCUGAUUGAUUUUUUGUUUAAAAAUGUUCAGCUAACUUUCUAGCACCAAUGGUGCCUUUGUCAGUCACUAGGGAAAUAUCACUACUGAAGUCAUCCCAGUCAAUUUCAAUUUCAGUGUCACUGUCACUGUCAUAAUUAUAUUCCACAAUAAAUGCAUUUUUCUCAGGUUUUUUUUUGCUUUGGAGCUGCAACACUCCAUAGUCUCUCCGGUUCCAUCCUGUUGAUCUUUUUCUUUUGCAUUUUCGGCUUUGGAACUGCAACACUCCAUACUCUCCGGUUCCAUCCUGUUGAUCUUUUUCUUUUGCAUUUUCGGCUUUGGAGCUGCAACACUCCAUACUCUCCAGUUCCAUCCUGUUGAUCUUUUUCUUUUGCAUUUUCGGCUUUGGAGCUGAAACACUCUGUAGUCUUUUUGGUUCCGUCUCGUUGGUCUUUCUUUAUGUCUUCAUCAUCAUCAUCAUUGUCGAUGGUGAUUAUUUCAUACACAAUAUCUUCUUUUCUUAUUUAUUUUACGAAGAUCACAUCGUCAGCAUCAUUGUUUUCAUCAACAUUAAUGUCAUUGUUUUCUUCAUCACUGACUUCUACAGUUACAACUUCAGGAACAUUCCGCAUACAAAACCUUAUCGGAUCUGGCCAUAUUUCAUCCCUGAUUGCUGUGCCAAUUCUAUCUCCUGCAACAAUAUCGAGAUCUGUGAACCAUGUGAAAAAUGUCUCAUGGACAAGUUUAUAUUUUUGCCAACGUUUGGAGGCUCUUUGUUUACAAAGUAUUUCCUCCUUACAAGUUGUAAAAGGUCAAACCCAUUUCUCCAGUGGAUAAUGCUGGCCAAAACAUUGGGAACACCCUCUUGAUGAUAUUCUCUACUGAGAAUCUGAUUGUUGAAGUAGGUGUUUGGUUUGAAGGCAAAAUUAAAUCGAAAUACUUAGUGGAGGCCAUCGAGCUCUUCAAUGAAAAAAUGAGACAUAUACUUCAUGCAGCCCUGUUCCUCGUCUGCAAUGAGACCAGCUACCCCAUCAUGAUUCAUCAGAGCAAUGCACCAAAAGCACGGGAUGUUUUUUACCCAAUCAUGCCUUCCAUUGUUGACUUGAAGUCGAAGACCUCUUUAAUUAUUACCUCAAUUAGAGACUUCUCGCUUACAGCAUUUAGUUAUUUUGUUGAAACUCUUAUGAAUAUGUUCAAGUCGUUUACUUUGAAGAUUUAUCUUUUAUCCCCUAUCCUUUAUUCACCAUUGAUUUGUUGUAAUGUUGUUUUCUUUGUUUUACAAAAUUAGCCAAAGCAUAGCCCCUCAGCCUUGUACCUAAGAUGAUGUACAUGUAGUAUAAUUGGUUUAACUUAGUUUAUUCUCUAAAUUUGCUUAAUAAUUUAAAGAAAUGCAAUAUUUUCUACUGUUAACUAGCUAAUUUAGAUGCUGUGAUAUAUUUGUCAAUAGAUGAAACUCUAUAAUGUAAUGUAUUAUUAAGUUUAGUAAAAAAAUGUGAAUUGUUAAGAAGUAGUAUUUGCACAUUUUAUAAGCGUUUAAAUACUAAAUUAUAAUGAAAAAAUAAAGAUUUUAAUAUUUUUUGUAUGUUGUGGUUUUUUAUUAUAUCCUGGAUAAGCUAAACAGGAGAUGUUUGAUUAAUGUCGCUUGGUACAAGUUUCAUAUUAAAGUGAGGAAAGUAAUAAUUUUUAAAAAUUAUACGACAUUAAUAUACAUCCUACAGUUGCAAUUAUAGAUCGUGAAGAACAUUUCAUUGAAGUUUGUUCUGUACAUUGAUUAAAUUCUUGGGUUCACCUUCUACUCUUGGCCAGUUGGAUAUGUUAAUAAUUAUUUUCUAUCAGGAAUAUACUGAUGGAAUUCUAUUUUACUACUUUAGUGGAUUUUUGCAGUAAACCAUGAAAUUCAUCUGAACAAUGUCCGUGCGUUGGCCUAUAAAUAAAUACUGUACAAUUAAAAAAAUGAAAGACAAACAGCCAUUUAACUGUCAAAAUUAUUAUUUUUUUUUAAUAAAUUACAUUAUCUAUAACUUAUGAAUGUGAACCUAUCAUAAGGUUUCUGAGCUCUUCUGCUCAUUUACCUUACUUUAAUACUGGUUUGGUAAACCUGGUUGUAGAUAACAUGGAAUUUAAUGUAAUAGAACUUGAAUAUUUGGAAAACAAUCUAAUUUAAAUUAUAGUAAAAAGUUACAACUUAAAAUUUGCUUAAAAUAUUGCUGUCAUUAUCACAAUUUUUCAGUGUAGCGUCUGCUGAGUAAAGAUGACUCUCCACAGAGAGACAGCAAUGUUUUAUGAAAUUUUUAAGUUGUAACUUUUUACUAUAAUUUAAAUUAGAUUGUUUUCCAAAUAUUCAAGUUCUAUUACAUUAAAUUCCAUGUUAUCUACAACCUGGCUUACCAAACCAGUAUUAAAGUAAGGUAAAUGAGCAGAAGAGCUCAGAAACCUUAUGAUAGCUUCACAUUCAUAAGUUAUAGAUAAUGUAAUUUAUUAAAAAAAAAAUAAUAAUUUUGACAGUUAAAUGGCUGAUUGUCUUUCAUUUUUUUUUAAAUUGUACAGUAUUUAUUUAUAGGCCAACAAACGGACAUUGUUCAGAUGAAUUUCAUGGUUUACUGCAAAAAUCCACUAAAGUAGUAAAAUAGAAUUCCAUUAAUAUAUUCCUGAUAGAAAAUAAUUAUUAACAUAUCCAACUGGCCAAGAGUAGAAGGUGAACCCAAGAAUUUAAUCAAUGUACAGUACAAACUUUAAUGAAAUGUUCUUCAUGAUCUAUAAUUGCAACUGUAGGAUGUAUAUUAAUUUCGUAUAAUUUUUUAAAGUUAUUACUUGCCUCACUUUAAUACGAAACUUGUACCUAGCGACAUUAAUCGAACAUCUCCUAUUUAGCUUAUCGAGGAUAUAAUAAAAAACCUCAACAUACAAAAAAUAUAAAAAUCUUUAUUUUUUUAUUAUAAUUUAGUAUUUAAAUGCUUAUAAAAUGUGCAAAUACUACUUCUUAACAAUUCACAUUUUUUUACUAAACUUAAUAAUAAAUUACAUUAUAGAGUUUCAUCUAUUGACAAAUAUAUCACUAGCAUCUAAACAGCUAGUUAACAGUAGAAAAUAUUGCAUUUCUUUAAAUUAUUAAGCAAAGUUAGAGAGUAAACUAAGUUAAACCAAUUAUACUACAUGUACAUCAUCUUAGGUACAAGGCUGAGGGGCUAUGCUUUGGCUAAUUUUGUGAAGCAAAGAAAACAACAUUACAACAAAUCAAUGGUGAAUAAAGGAUAGGGGAUGAAAGAUAAAUCUUCAAAGUAAAGGACUUGAACAUAUUCAUAAGAGUCUCAACAAAAUAACUAAACUCUGUAAGCAAGAAGUCUCUAAUUGAGGUAAUAUUUAUAGAGGUCUUUGACUUCAAGUCAACAAUAGAAGGCAUGAUUGGGUAAAAAAACAUCCCGCGCUUUUGGUGCAUUGCUUUGGUGAAUCAUGAUGGGGUAGCUGGUCUCUUUGCAGACGAGGAAGAGGACUGCAUGAAGUACAUGUCUCAUUUUUCAUCGAAGAGCUCGAUGGCCUCCACAAAGGAUUCCGAUUGAAUUUUGCCUUCAAACCAAACCCCUACUUCAGCAAUCAGAUUCUCAGUAGAGAAUAUCAGUCAGUGACGAUGAAAACAAUGACAUUAAUGUUGAUGAAAACAGUGAUGAUGACGAUGUGAUCUUCACUGUUUUCAUCAACAUUAAUGUCAUUGUUUUCUUCAUCACUGACUUCUACAGUUACAACUUCAGGUACAUUCCGCAUAUAAAACCUUAUCGUAUCUGGCCAUAUUUAAUCCCUGAUUGCUGUGCCAAUUCUAUCUCCUGCAACAAUAUCGAGAUCUGUGAACCAUGUGAAAAAUGUCUCAUGGACAAGUUUAUAUUUUUGCCAACGUUUUGGAGGCUCUUUGUUUACAGAGUAUUUCCUCCUUACAAGUUGUAAAAGGUCAAACCCAUUUCUCCAGUGGAUAAUGCUGGCCAAAACAUUGGGAACGCCCUCUUGAUGAUAUUCUCUACUGAGAAUCUGAUUGCUGAAGUAGGGGUUUGGUUUGAAGGCAAAAUUAAAUCGAAAUCCUUAGUGGAGGCCAUCGAGCUCUUCAAUGAAAAAAUGAGACAUAUACUUCAUGCAGUCCUGUUCCUCAUCUGCAAUGAGACCAGCUACCCCAUCAUGAUUCAUCAAAGCAAUGCACCAAAAGCGCGGGAUGUUUUUUACCCAAUCAUGCCUUCCAUUGUUGAGAAGUCGAAGACCUCUAUAAUUAUUACCUCAAUUAGAGACUUCUCGCUUACAGCGUUUAGUUAUUUUGUUGAGACUCUUAUGAAUAAGUUCAAGUCCUUUACUUUGAAGAUUUAUCUUUUAUCCCCCAUCCUUUAUUCACCAUUGAUUUGUUGUAAUGUUGUUUUCUUUGUUUUACAAAAUUAGCCAAAGCAUAGCCCCUCAGCCUUGUACCUAAGAUGAUGUACAUGUAGUAUAAUUGGUUUAACUUAGUUUAUUCUCUAAAUUUGCUUAAUAAUUUAAAGAAAUGCAAUAUUUUCUACUGUUAACUAGCUAUUUAGAUGCUGUGAUAUAUUUGUCAAUAGAUGAAACUCUAUAAUGUAAUGUAUUAUUAAGUUUAGUAAAAAAAUGUGAAUUGUUAAGAAGUAGUAUUUGCACAUUUUAUAAGCAUUUAAAUACUAAAUUAUAAUGAGAAAAUAAAGAUUUUUAUAUUUUUUGUA